AUGUCUGGCCGAAGACGCGCAUUGUGUCUGCUUGGCUGUUUCACUUGCAGCGUGGCCUACGAUGAGGAAGUGGGCUUGGCCAUGGCAUAUCUGGAGAAGGCAGUAUAUUGUGGCGAGAGGAGAUUUACCGAAUGGGACGUUGGCGAGUCGGUGGCUAAAGCACCAAAGGUCGAUGUGAAGCAGCUGCGAUGGGUGGCCAGCCCGAACACACAAGCAGCUGCAGGUGUUGGGAAGAUGCUGGAGCCUAAAGGCUGUUUCGUUGCCGUUCGUGGAACGUUCGGGACAAUCAGCUCUUUGUUGGAUGCGGCCUUCUGGCUCACAGACUUCGAGCAGGGAGUUUGCCCCGGUUGCCAAGUUGUGCAAGGAUUCCACUUAGCCUAUCUGUCGAUCAAGGACGGACUUUUCCGUGCCUUACAGGACUUUGGAUGCCAACAAGAACCCCUCUACUUGGUGGGUCAUUCGCAGGGUGCGGCAUCUUUGUCUUACUUCAUGUUCGAUGCAUUGGUCAAGAACUAUACCGUGCAGCACAUGUACGCCCUUGAGUCGCCACGUCCAGGCAAUGCUUUGUUUGGGCAAGCUCUCCGGGCUCUACUUGGGAGCACUGAUGCAUGGCGCGUGGCGCACUACCAGGACAUAGUUGUUCACUUGCCACCACGAGGUCCCGAGCUUUUCCAGCAUGCGUUGCCAGAGAUCUACUACGAAGCUCGGAAGGGCAGAGAGUUCAAGAAAUGUGGCAUAGAGGAUGGCAGCUGCUCAAACCGUUGGUGGCCCUGGCAGCUGAAAGCCGAAGAUCACGACUGGUACGCAGACUUGAAUCCCUGCAGCUGCGGCGCGAAGUCUGCAGAGGAACCUCAGGUUUUCGAGCGCUUCCUGCGCGAGGCAAGACGCUUCGCAGUGCCCGAGGCGAUGCUUUCCACGAUCAUCCUCAUCUUUGCCUUAUGCGGCAGACACGGCGCCCGAUGCUGCAGAGGUUUCCACCAACGUCAAGCCCUCCUUACACAGGAGUUCGAUGCUGCGACUCAGUCUCUUGGUGCAGACGGGCAGCAGCUCUGGACGCCUCUGCUCGAAAAGGCGUAUGCCAAGGCUCAUGGCUCGUAUCGGGCGAUCAGCGGUGGCGAGAUCGCCGAGGCACUCUUGGACCUCACCGGGUGCCCAACGGAGAGCAUUGACUUCGAUGAGCCAGGCUUUGAUCCCCAGGAGCUGUGGGAGAGGCUUGUGGAUUUCAAGGCCAAAGGCUUUCCAAUGGGCUGUGCCACUGCGGGAAAUCCCGAGCUGCGGGAGGUCGGGUUGUGCGGCAACCAUGCUUACAGCGUGCUGGACGUCCGCGAGCUCUAUGACCAACGUUUCAUCGGCAGGGAGUUCGGCUACGGAGGUGCGCAGCAGCAACAAGAAGCAGGCAAGUUUUGGCUCAGUGGCCGAGAAGCGGCGUAG